AUGAGGCGGAGGCGGGGGGGCGUGGCCGGGGCGCCGCUGUCCCCGCCGGCCGUGGGCGCGCGCGCGGCGGGAAAGGCGCCCAGGUUCGAAAGCGGCGCGCGGGGCGCGCGCGAGCCCCGGCCCGGGAUGGCGGAGGCCUUGAAUCAUUUAAAAAAAGACUACAGAGCAAGAUUCUGCCAUGGAGGAGGAAGUAAGAUUGAUGUACAGCCAGGUCAAAACGUACUGAAACUUAUAGAGGAUUGUUUUGAAAGUUGCAGCAGUGAUCUGACAAUAAACUCUCCAAAUACAACCCUUUGCUCAGCUCCUGUUGUCAAAAAUAGGAAGAGGACUUCAAUGCAGAGCCAAAGCCCAAAGGCAGGAUCAACCAACUCUGUGAAAAGAGCCUGUUAUUCUCCAGAAUCCUCACCUGCAUCACUGCUAAAACCAGUCAGCAGCAGAGGACAGUCAUGUGAAUCACCCUUGAAGCCUGCAAUACAUGAUUAUGUAGAUGUUUCUAGAAAAACAGAGUCUCCUGUGUCUGAAAGCAAAACAACUACAUUAGAAGAUGUUGAAGCGCUGUGCCGAAGUCUUGCCAUGUUUUUGGACCCCGAGGAUGAUCACGGGUCUGUUGGAUCACCUUUUCCUUUGGAGAAAGGGAAAAGUUCUCCAGUAGUUAAAUUAUGUCUUGAUGGUUGGAAUACACCUACUGCAGCAAAGAACUGUGGAGAAGUUGAAAAUUUGGAAGGACCUCAGACUGGGAGAGAUGAGCAGGUUGUUCUUGUGCAAGGAACAGAACCUGUUGCUACAUCUUCUGUGCAGAAAGAGAAGACUUUCUCUUCAGCUCUCUUAGCAGCUGUAGCAACAGGAACACUUUGACAGAGAUAUUCAGCCUCGAUAUCACCUCCAUCACCUCCUCCUGUGAAAGAUCAAGAUAUGGAAAUCGAAAAUGAAUGUGAAUUUUUAAUUGAUGACUCAGGUGGUGCAUCAUUUACUUCUUGGAUUUCAAUACCCAGUAAGAAAAGAAAAUCAAAAAAAGAUGGCUCUGCAACUCCUGUUUCUAAAUCUCAGCCCUCUGAACAGAAGAAGACACAGAGUAAGAAAGGCAAGAACAGGAAAGCACAGGUUGAAGCACUUACUAAACAGAAACUGAAUAAUCUGGAUGCUGGAGCCUUUGACAUCGAAAGAACGUUGAAACCGGAUCCAAUCUCUAACAGUGAAGGAAAUGUCCUUAAAUCUCAAAGCCAAAAGAGUACUCAUACAGGAAAGACUAAAAAGGACGCACUUAGGCAAGACUCUCCAAACCAGAAAAAGAACACAUCCUGGAAACCAGAAGCUGAAGAACUGAUAUUGUCAUGAUCUGGAUUAGAAAGAGAAACAUCUGAUGCAGAAAAAUGUAAAACAAGGGUGCUGCCAAGUGAAGAUUUGCCUAUGCCCUCAUCUGGGCAUCAACAAGAGCAGACUGUGUCUCCAAAAAAGUCUCUCAAGUCUUCCAAGAAUCUGCAGUCAGCUUCAAAAGCUUCUCAGCAUUUAGAUAAGAGGAAACAAACUGCUAAGCAGAAACUUCCUAAGGUUAAAGUAGCUAAGAAAGCGGCAUUAAGUUCAAGGAAGGAGCUUAAAAAAUCUGUCCAGAAAAGCAGUAGUAAAAAACCUCAGUUGCAAAGAGAGAAGAGUUCUGACAGUGAACCUAGUGAAGAAGAGCAUGAAAGAGAGCCUGUAGAUUUGAAAGAUGUGCGUACCACACCCUUGCGUCAGAAAUUAGAGACUCCCGUGAUUCAGAAAUUGGCUGUGUCUGAAAAGCCUAGAAAUGUGUUGCACACAUUGGAGUCACCUGGUGGUGCAAAUAACCAAUCUCCUGUGAAAGCACUACAGCAUCCCAUGGACAGUGUGAAGAAUUCUGAAAAGAAGCAGUUGCCAGCCAAGUAUUCAGGGAAGAUACCCGGAAAGAUUCCUUGCAGAACCAAUAAAGCUGUUUCCUCAAACCCUGAGGACACUGAGUCUCAAACAGAUUCUGACAGCUCUUCUGUACAGAACAUGGCAAGGAAAAAACAGAAGUUAUCAGAUGUAAAAAUGAAAAAUAACAAAAGAAAACGUAACAGGCAACAUGGACCACAAUAUUCCUUUGUGGCUGAGAAGGUUGUGAACUAUGAAAGUGGGCCUGUUCUAGAACAUUGCGAUAAAUUUGAUUCCAGCACUAAGUCUUGUGAACAGUAUGAUACAUCAUCAGAGACUUUUGAUGACUUGAAUUACAAAGUGAGAGAUCCAUUGUCAGACAACAUAGCAAGGCAUAAAAUAGUAAUGCCUUCCAACACACCUAAGGUUCGUCGAACGAAAAGGAUACGGCUGAGACCUCUGGAAUAUUGGAGAGGCGAGCGCAUAAACUAUACUAUGAACUCUUCAGGAGGGCUUGUGAUUAGUGGAUUAGUGCAUCCAGAAACACAAUCUCGCAGUAAGAAUAGACAGAGGAAGGAUCGUCACAAGCAGAAAGCCAACAAAACAAAUAGAAGAGAGAUACCUGCAAGUUUGGAUCACAACCUAGCUGAUACUUCUAAGCCAACCGUUGUACUGGACCCAGAAACAAAUGAGGAGGUAGUUCUAGAAUGUGUUAACACUGAAAGCAGUCACGCUUGCUCCUUCAAAGACGAAGCGGUAGAAAUAUACAAAAAUCUGAAUACAUCUGUUUUUGCAACUGGCAAAUUGAUUUUGAAACCACUUAAGGAAAAGGGACACCAGUUUGUCCACAUGGAUACAAUAGCUUUCCAUAUUAUCCGUGGCAAAAUUAUUGUUACAUUACAUAAGACAUCAUAUUAUCUGAGUACAGGAGACUCCUUCUAUGUUCCUCCAGACCAAAAGCAAGAAAUACAUUGUUGGAUACCUCUUCCCCAUAACUUUACCUGCAAAUUGAAGGUCAUCUAAUGCAAAGGAAUUCUGAAGAACACUGAAGGUUUUCAUCUGACACUCCAGUUUUAGGGGCAGGUUGUUUCAUUGAUCUUAAAGAUCUUUCUUCUGUGUAAAUAGUAAAUACAUAGCUUGUUGCAAAUUAUUUUUUCCUUUGUAUCAAUAAAUAUUAAGUAAUGCAAAUCA